CAACAAUUGAACAACCAUCAAAAAGCUGCCAGUUCACACAAUGGCAGCCGCAAGGGGUGUGUCGCCCGGGGGCGCCCUCCUCCGAACAUCCAGGUUAUUUUCAUUGCCAGCGGCGCUUCCUUACGCAGCCGCUGAUGUCUCUGCUGCUACAAACGUCAACUCGGACUCGGCCACACUGGCCUUCCCAACCCACCAGGUCAUCACGACCCCGAACUCGUCGCGGAAGCGAGGCGAUUGGGGCCUCAAAAGGCCAUUGCCCCUGAAAUCCACCACCAAGACUUCGACUCCGAUGCUUCGGAUCAAGCAGGUCGACUCGGUCGAGCACAUUACCGAUUUCUCCUCCGCCGCGGAUCACGGCAUGUCUCUUCGGAAAUGGCAGGAUAUGAACAUCCCGAUCACAGUGCCAGUCGCGAACGAUACAAUGAGGAUACCCGGAAAGUCCGUUUUUGAAGAGACCAUGGACUUCACGGCGAUCAAGGCUGGGCAGGCAGGGGAGCUCGAAGACAGCCGAUGGAAGUUCAGCGGGCCGUGGCUGGCAGGAAUGACGGAUGGCAACUUCAAGAAAUACCUCUUGAAGCGUGUCAGGAACCGCCGCGCUGAGUUUCGCCAGUUCCUGAAGGAAAGAUUGGCCGCCGACCUGUCGGAGCGAGCGGCAAGCAGAGCCCAAGAGGCUGGAGAGCCGGCUCCUGCUGCGAUCGAAGCGGCCGCCAUCACCGACGCGCAGCUCACAGAGUUCUUACGAGACCUGCGCAACGACAGGCCAAAGCUUUACAGCAUGACUGGCCGCUUCCUCGACCUCGCUCCCGUCCAGCCGCCCAAGGAGCACUGGCAGGUUGGGAAAUCCAACGACCUCAAGGCCAGCAAUCCGUAUGCCCAGGAUGGCCCGCCUAUCACUCACCCGUCGGCUGGCUUGUCCUACCUACGCACUGCUUCAUACUUGGACAACCACUCUCUCUAUGGUCCGCAGAAGAGCCAUUCUCACGUCAAGGCCAGGAUUGUCGCGCCCCGAAGCCAGGUCGCUGGCGGCCGUGGUGCGAAGUUGGGCGUCGGAGGUUUCGUCACCGACACUCCAGCUGGCGACACUGCGUUCAGCAUGAGGAACCUGAGCCAGAGGGCCCGUGAACUGAUUCCGGGUAUCGAUAGCAUGGACCCGAACAUCGAAGGCGGAGCCAAGGUCUACAUCGAACCGUUGAGCGCCAAGGUCAACUCACAGGGACGCGUCACGUUGAAGGUUGGCCAGGCGAGGCCGGAGGCCGAGCUGGUAGCGAAGGAGAUGGCCGGGGAGGAAGUAAUAUUCGACGAGCCGGAGCCGGAGCCUGCGAAACCCAGCAACCUCAGGAUCAAUCAAGCAUACCGGAGAAUCCCUCAAAUCAAUCGUUCUGUGACAGGGAGUGCUCAAGCCUACGGCCUGGAUUCCCCAACUCCUGGCAGCCGAACCACUUAAUUGGUCCGAUGAAGCAGAGUGUUAGCUCAUGGUAGGCAGAUAGGGAGGAACAUUUGCGCGCCACCCCACCAGUCAGCUCAAUAUACUGUACAAUAUCAAGCAAGUCAUGGAUUGGCCCUGCAAUUUGAGGAUAGGCUUGAACUAGGUAGUCGUCGAAGCGUGUCCAUAUUGUAAUACAACCUUCAAUGUAGAACUACCUAGAAAAUCUAAUGACGCAGCAUUUUAAGCACGAAU